AUGGCUGCCCAAAGGGAUGCUAUCAACCCUCAUCAAGCCACCAACGGGAUCUCGAAGCGUACUCCCGCAACCCCAAUCGCUGAUCUUCCAGGUACACUUCCCAAAAUCAGAAUUCCAGGUGACGUUGAUUGCACCGAAAUCGCUACUGCAGCUAUUGCAAAGUUCCCUUCACUCUUAGCCGAAGACUUGACGGAUGAAGCUGUGUGGAGAGACUCUCUGGCCUUGACGGGGAAUUUCAGGACGUUCAAUACAAGAGGCUCGAUUUUAAAAGUAUGGAAAGAAACGAGUGGCCAGCAUUCUCCAUUGGAAUUCCAAAUAGUCCCUGGAACGGCAAGGAUCUUUCGCGUUGGUGAUCAGUCGUCUUGGGUAGAAGCUGGUUUCACUUUUCGGACAACGACGAGCGUGCCACAGUUGUCCUGUUCUGGGUACGUCUCGCUCAUUCCGGACGACUGUGGCAAAUGGAGGAUAUGGAUGUUGCGAACGGUUCUGGAACAAAUCGACGGAGUGGGUAACGUUGACGAACUGGAGCCUUUGAUAAAGAAUGGCGCUACAGACGCGAUGAGAAUUGACCCUGUGGUCAGCAGCGACGGCCGAUCUCACCAUCAUUCUCCUCAGCAUUUUGAUGUCAUAGUGAUUGGUGGAGGUCAGGCAGGCUUGGGCGUUGGCGGAAGACUACAGGCUUUGGGAGUGUCUUACUUGAUUAUAGAUAGGCAUCCUGCGGUCGGAGACAGCUGGAAUUCAAGAUAUGAUUCUACCAAACUUCACACAGCACGCGAAUAUGGUCACCUACCGUUCUAUCGGACGUAUGACGCAAGCUACCCCGAGUUCUUAGGCAAAACACACGUUGCAGCUGGUCAUAUCGACUACGUAAAGCGUUAUGGAAUUAACAUCUGGCAAUCGACAGAAAUGGUCUCUUCGUCAUGGUCUGCAGAUCGUAGAGAGUGGACCUGUGGAGCUAUUCAAGAGGGUGAAGAAGUGACUUUGACGACAUUGCAUCUCGUGUUCGCAACCGGCGCUGGAAGUUAUACGCCUUAUAUGCCAAUCCACCCCAACCGGGAAGCAUACCAAGGCGAGGUUCUACAUUCAGCUACUUACACCAACCCAUCGAAGUGGAAAGGCAAACGGGGAGUAAUUAUAGGCACGGCGAAUACAGCGCAUGAUAUCGCAGACGACAUGCUAAGAGAGGGUCUUUCGUCGGUUACCAUGGUCCAGAGAAAUCGUACUUGGGUGCUACCAGUGGAGCACUACAUGGCUGUCACAGUUCCAUCGUACAACGAUAAAAUCCCUACUGAGGUUGCAGACAGAAGAAGCUUCUCAAUGCCGUUGGCCAUACUUCGUCAAAUCGCGAUGUGUUCUCUUCAUGGGAUGGCACAAAGAGAUAGCGAGCGCUACGAUGCUUUGGAAAAGGCGGGCUUCUGGGUGGAGCGGUAUGGUGAUAUUGCUCACAUCAUGUAUGAACGCAUGGGAGGCCAUUACAUGGACGUAGGCACCUCUGAAAAGAUUGUCAAGGGACUGAUCAAAAUCAAGAAUGGUGCCACACCGACUACCUACACCAAAGAAGGACUUGCUUUUAGCGACGGCACGGAAGUCAGCGCAGACUUGAUAGUCUUUGCCACUGGAUUCAACGGCAACCUGCGUGAAACGGUAGGCAAGAUCGUGGGACCAGAGAUAGAAGACCAACUCGAGGACUUUUGGCAGCUGGAUUCUGAAGGCGAGAUCAGAGGAGCAUUCAAGGAUACUGGGCAUCCUGGAGUGUGGUAUACUGGAGGAGCCAUUGGAAUAGCAAGAUACUAUGGGCGCUUCAUCGCACUGCAGAUCAAAGCGCAAAUCAUGGGCACUCCUCUCAAGGUCUACACCGGCAAACUCAAGUAA